UAAAAAAGGUAUGAACACUUACAAACAACUUACUAUUGAUGAUUUAAAUAAAAUAGAAGAAUAAGACAAAUGAUGACAAAUUUAGCUAAAAUACAAGAAUAAAACAAGAGAUGGUCAAUGAAAUUCUGAAAGCCAGAAUCCUUAGAAGUCAAGCCAACGGGUGUAAGUAGUGUUUCUUUGCUUUUUGCAUGAAAAGCUCCUUCUUUUCUUGGUCAGAUUUACACACACAAUUAAAGUAAAGUUUGACAAUCUAUCAUCCUUAGGCCACUGAACUUUCUAAGAGCCCCUUUCACUUCUCUACAAUUUAUGUCAACAUCCAAGAUACUUUAGCUAGCAUGCUGGGCAAGCAGAGUGGAUUACCACGGAAUGGGCAUAAUCAAGAACAAGUUACUUUAUGAACUUUCAAUUUCUAAUACUAGUUAAAUAUUUAAAAAGUUGAGAAAAAGAAACCAACAGAGAACAGAUCAAAAUACAAUACGCGUUAGUAUCAAGAUGGACUUCUUUUCAAACUGGCAAUUUUGGUUUUGCCUUUGUCUUGUGUUCAGGUAAAAUUAGAUAUUAAUUUGGUGAUAUUUACCUUAAACUGUAUUAAGUGAUACUUCAAGAAGUAUGACAGACAGAUCAUGGAAAUAACACUGACACCCUAUUUCCUUCACACUUUGAACAAUCAAACACACAAAUUUAAUUGAUAAAUCUUGUUUUGUUUGUGAACAUAACACAAGAAACCAAUUACACUUUCCUCUUUCUCCUUCAUCCAAUAUAUGCGCAUCAAUCCAGACCCUAACCAAUUAUCCAAUCUGAACACACAAAACAAUGGAAUUGUUGAUUCCUAAAUCACGUGAUAUUCACUUGAGAAAAGAUUGAACGGUUGCAAUUAGGACAAAUGCAUGGUCGGUGAUUCAACAAGCUUUAAUCCCUCCUUUUAAGACUUUUUUCCUACAAGGCUACAGGUAGAUACACACAGUCUUUCUCCAUUUGGCUCCCACAAACACCUAAACAACUCUGGUUGGCUCCCAUAAAGAGAAGAUAGGGAAUCUCUACCCAUUCUAUCUCCGAAAGCAAAAGUAAAAGAAAAGAGAAAGGUUAUGCGAUCACCUUUGCUAAAGCUGCUUGCAGAUGAAGUUAUGGACCUAAAUCUCUUAUAUUUAAGUUAAACCAAUAGUGUUCCCAAACCUCCCGCUAUAUCAUCAAGUUCGUUUUAGUACAAUUAUGUGCGUGCGUGCGUGAGUGAGUGAGUGAGUGAGUGUGAGUGCAAGGCAAAAAAGGAAGUAAGAAAAGAGUACCUGGUUGUGAGCAUCAAGCCAUGGCUGGUGCAACGGUGAGGAAGCUGAUGGUGGAGGUGGUAGAGGCGAAGAACCUUUUGCCCAAAGACGGGACGGGGACGUCCAGCCCGUACGUGAUCGUGGACUUUGACGGGCAACGGAAACGAACGCAGACCAUUCCGAGAGAUCUCAAUCCUGCAUGGAAUGAAGUGUUGGCGUUUGAUUUGAUUAGUAGUAGGAAUGAGAUAAUGGGAGAGACGCUGGAGGUGGAUGUUUACCAUGAUAAGAAGGUUGGGCCGAGCCGGAGGAACAAUUUUCUUGGGAGAGUGAGGUUGGAUUCUAGGCAGUUUGUGAAUAAGGGAGAGGAGGCGCUUAUUCACUUCCCUUUGGAGAAGAAGAGCUUUUUCAGUUGGAUUCGAGGUGAGAUUGGGCUGAAGAUUUAUUAUUUUGAUGAGCCUGUUCCGGCCCCGGAGCCGGAGAAGGCUGAAGAGGCACCGGCUGAAGUAGCGCCAGCUGAGGGUGGUGGGGAGACGGAGAAGGUUGAGGCAACCGUGGUGGCACAACAAGCUGAAGGUGAUGCUGCUAAGCAAGAAGAGCAAACUCCGGUAGCGGAAGCAAACCCUCCAGAAUCGGAAGCUCCGGCACCUUCCCCGGCGGACGACGCUCAGAAUCCUCAAGAGCAAGUGGAAGCUGAAUCUCUGGCCCCAGCUCCGGAAAAUACAGAGAACGCCAUGCAACAACCAGCGGAGGAAGCACCGGUUCCGGAUCCGGCUCCUGCCCCAGCCCCGGCCCCGGCGGCGGCGGCGACGGUGGCCGAUCCAGUACAAGAAGCCAUACAGCCGCAGGUAAGGGCAGUGCCCCGGCAAAAAACAAAGGCGCCUGAACCGAUCGAACGUUCGACGUUCGAUUUGGUGGACAAAAUGCAGUAUUUGUUCGUCCGGGUCGUGCGGGCACGGUCGCUGCCCAACGGGGCAAAACCGCACGUAAGGAUCACCGCCUCCGGCCGCCAAGCUUGUACCACCGUCGCCAGGAGAGUUGGGAAAUUAUCGGAGUGGAACCAGACCUUCGCGUUCGCCCGUGACCCUGCCGUAGCCGAUGACUCCUCCAUGAUCGAAGUCUCCGUCUGGGACCUCCCGCCGGAUGCCCACGUUGACGAUGGGGACGACAGGCAUUUUCUCGGCGGUCUCUGCUUCGAUGUGUCGGACAUCCCUAAGAGGGAUCCGCCGGACAGCACACUGGCCCCGCAGUGGUACGCGCUGGAGGGGAGAUGGGCUCGCAGUGGAGAUCUCAUGCUCUCGACGUGGAUCGGAACUCAAGCUGAUGAAUGGUUCCGUGAAGCUUGGAAGGCGGAUGGAUCAUCCCGUCAUGGAUCCGGCUCAAAGGUGUACCAAUCCCCCAAACUCUGGUACUUGCGCGCCACCAUCAUCGAGCUCCAAGAUGCGGUUUUAGCGGCGAGGGAGAUCUCGAUCUCCUUCAGAGCAACGCUAGGGUUUCAGAUGCAGAGAACCCGCUACUCCAUCAGCCGCAACGGCACGGCGCCGUCGUGGAACGAGGAUCUAAUUUUCGUAGCCGCCGAGCCAUUCGAUGAGGACCAGAGACUGAUUCUCCAGAUGGAGACCCGGAACGGCAAGGAAACCAUCGUGCUCGGCUCCGCCGUCAUCCCACUUUCCUCCGUCGAGCGCCGCGUCGACGAUCGAAAGGUCGCCUCACGGUGGCUCGACCUCAUACCCGCCGACGAGAAAAGGAGGAGAUCAUUCGGUGGCAGGUUACACAUCCGGGUAUGCUUAGACGGUGGCUACCACGUGGCCGACGAGCCCUCCCACGCGGCAAGCGACUACCGCCCAUCCGCGCGACAGCUAUGGCGACCACCAAUCGGCUCCAUCGAGCUCGGCAUCAUCAGCUGCAAGGGUCUCCUCCCAAUGCGCACGGUGGACGGGAAAGGAACAACAGACGCCUUCGCAGUAGCCAAAUACGGCCCCAAAUGGGCCAGAACCCGCACCAUCUCCGACAACUUCGAUCCAGCGUGGAACGAACAAUACACCUGGGAAGUCCACGACCCCUGCACCGUCCUCACCAUCGCCGUCUUCGACGACUCCAUCGACAGCACCUCGAAGACUCCACCUGCCGUCCCAAUGGGAAGACUCCGACUCCGGAUCUCCACCCUCGAAACCAACCGCGCCUACCGCUGCUUCUUCCCACUCACCAUCCUCCUCCCCUCCGGCCUCAAACGCAUGGGCGACAUCGAGAUCGCCGUCAGGUUCUCCCGUCCAGGAUCAUCCCUCGACCUCCUCCACCUCUACACCCAACCAAUGCUGCCGGCAAUGCACCACGCACGCCCAAUCCCAGCCGCGCAACGGGAACCCCUGCGCCUCGCGGCGGCGAGGAUCGUGGCGGCGCAUCUCUCCCGCGCCGAACCAUCUCUCAAAAAAGAGGUCGUCGUUUGGGUUCUAGAAGCUGAGCCAAAAGGGUUCAGCAUGAGAAGGGUCCGGGCCAACUGGCAGAGGAUCGUGUCUAGCCUGACCUGGCUCGCUGACGUGGCAAAAUGGAUGGACGAGAUCAGAAGAUGGAGGAAUCCAACGGCCGCAGUGAUGGUACACAUGGUGAUUAUACUAAUAGCUUGGUACCCCGACCUGAUCGUGCCGGUGAUCGGGGUACACGUGGCGGGGAUAGGAAUCAUUAGAUAUCGGAAGCGUGUUAGAGGGCCUGAAGGGCCCGUGUUGGGGAUUGAAGGUGGGGUCAUCGAUAGGGAUGAGUUGGAUGAGGAGUGGGACCCAGUGCCAAGCGCGAAGGCGGCGGAGGUGGUGAGAACUAGAUACGAUAAGAUGAGGGUGGUGGGGUCCAGAGUGCAGGGAAUGUUGGGUGACGUGGCAGCGCAGGUGGAGAGAGUGCAAGCGUUGGUGAGCUGGAAGGAUCCGAGAGCGACGGGGAUGUUUGUGGGGGCGUGUUUGGUGGUGUCGAUGGUGGUGUUCUUGGUGCCGGCGCGUGUGGUUGGGGUUGUGGCCGGGUUUUACUGGUUGCGGCACCCGAUGUUCCGGGACCGGAUGCCGCCUGCUGCGCUGAACUUUUUUAGGAGGUUGCCGGCGUUGUCUGAUCGGAUUGUGUAGAUGAUGAUGAUGGUGGUGAUGAGGUGUUUGAUGGAAAUGA